AUGGAAAAUAUACCAGAGAUACAGUUUGAUCAAUAUUGCUUUUUCAUUCAUAGAUUAAAGCUUAGAUCAACGUUAAACUAUCGAACUAAAUUACCAACUUUGGCAAAGGAUCAGGCUGGUAGUCCUCUCAUUGUAAAGAUUGCAAAAGAGUUGAAUGAUGCUUCAGAAAGUUAUAAUACCUUUUACUAUUCUGAAAAGGCAAAGAAUUUAGCUGAAAUUAAUAUUGAAGAAUUAACAGAAUGUGUAAAUAAUUAUGUGUCCUUGUUGGGAGGAUUUGUCGGUGGUAGUAAAUUAUUCCAAUUACCAAUUGUACAACCUGAUGACAAUGAAGUCAUUGUAGUUGCUGGUCAAUCAAAUAAUCAUCAUCACCAACACAACAAUCAUAGUCAUGAUGAUGAUGAAGAUGGUGACUCAACCUCAAAAAUGCAUCAAGAAGAAGGAGAAUCAACAACAAAUCAUAGUGAUAAUGAAGGAGAUGAAGAGAAAAAAGACAAUGAUGAUAAAGAAGACAAAGAAGAAGAAGAAUUUCAAUUACCAAAAAUAUCAGGAACUACUACAACUACUUCUUCAAAAUCAUCUUCUUCAUCUACUUCUUCAUCAAUGAAUGAUUCAAUUAGAAAAAAUUUACAAUUUCAAUGGGGAACAAUAUUUGGAACAGAAAGAAUAUGCAAAUCUUCUGAUGUAGUGGUAGAAUUGAUUAGUGUAUUGAUGAAUCUUGGUGUUUGGUAUCUUGGUUAUUCUGAAUUUUUGGUUUCAAAGAGUCAGACGACUGCAGGUUCUGACUCGAUUGAUGAAGAACAAAGAAAGGUGGUCUAUGACUAUUUGUUAAAGGCUGCUGGUAUUUUUGAAUGGAUCAUGGAAAAGACACCAACACUUGGUUUGGAUUUGGCAGGUGUCAACAUUUUGGAUUUCAAUAGUACCAUUCUCAGAGCUCUCUAUCUCCAAUCGAUUGGACAAGCUCAGGAAAUAUCAAUUGGACGUGCAUUCAAAAAGAAUACAUCGAGAAGUAUCAUUACCAAGCUUGCCGUAGACACUGCCAGCAUCUAUGGUGAAAUUGGAUCGUUGCUCGAAGGUAUGGACCAAAUCACAGAGAAUCGAUUGGAGCGAUUCAUGUUGUUUUGUAGAUUCAAACAACAACUCUAUCGUGCAUUGGCAAUCAAUCAACAGGCCUAUGUGUUGAACCAGACACAUCAAUACGGUGCUGCCAUUGCCACUGGCAACCAGUCACGUGAACUCGUUAAAAAGGCAUUGACCCUUAUCCGUCCAUUGGCAUGUAUCACACUAUCGGUAGAGUCUAUGAAACUGCCAAUCACCGUCCUCCAAAAGAUGAUUGAAGCCGAUCAAACUCGUUUCGAACGUGAAAACAAGGUCAUUGGUUUCCAAACCGUCCCCGACCAAACCCCAGAUCUUCCAGAGGGAAAUCGUUUGGCCAAAGCUCGUCCCUUUGUCCUUCCCAUGCUCAGUCCUCUAUGGGACUCGAAAACCUUUGAUCAAUUUGACAGUUCCAGAAAAUUAUCCGAAACUGAUAUCAACUCUCUCAUUGUUCAAUCUCCAUCGUCUAGUUCCACUUCAAAUUCACCAGUCCUAAGUAGUAAAGAUAAAGACAAAGAUAAUGAUUAUAUUAAUAUUAAUAGUAAAGAAAAGGAAAAAGAUAGUAAUAAUAAUUCAAGUCCCAAAUCAGAGAAAAAGGAAUGUUUAAUUAAUUAG